GACAACAGUAUAAUCGGCUGUUGGUCGAGCUACUUUUAAUUACUUUAUAUUCACAUACUGUAGCUAGUUUAGUGCAGUGAUUCCCAACCUAUGGAUCUGGCCCCGUCCAAAGGGUCACAAGAUAAAUCUGUGGGGUCAUGAGAUGAUUAAUCGGAGAAUAAAGAUUAAAAAACUAAAUUCUGCUACACAAAUGUGUAUUAAUAGAUGAUAUUAUAUGUUUGGUCUCUUUCUCUUUCUCUCUUUGGGCCUCAAACUGUUUUUCAAUCGAAACUAUGUGAGAAGUUUAGAGGGGAAAUGUCUCUUUAUCGGAACUGCCAACAACUCAACCCAACUAUACACUGCGUUUUUGAGGUCACCAGGUUGGGAAUUUGGUUUAAUCUUUAAUCUUCUGUGUUGUAUUUAUACAGGUUUUCAAAGUGACUUGUAACUAUUGCUGUUCAAUAAAUGUAGUGGAGUGAAAAGUUUCCCUCUGAAUAGUAGUACAGUCGAAGUAUAAAGUAGCAUAAAAUGGAAAAUGUACUCAGUAAAUGUCCUUAGUAUAGCAUUAGUGGAGUAGUAUAAAGUCUAUGAUCUUAUCCAUCUUAUCUAUACUGUUAUUCUAUGUGUGUACCUGCAUCCAAGUAAAGUAAUGAUGAUGAUGAAUAACAGGUACUUAUCUGACCCCACUAACAGAGGUCAACCUCAUCUUGUUUUGAACCUCAUCACCUCUUUUACUAAAGGUCACCCUGAGAACUCCUUCCAGGACUAAUACUUCGCCUGACUCCCUCUGAAGAGGUGUCAAUGCACUUGUUUGGGGCGGAGAUUGUAUUGAUACAAUGAAUCUUAGCCUGGCCUUCACCCUUGAUGUUUUAUGACCCCGCUGACGCAAUUCCAGUUCAGUGUUCCAGCUGCUGGAGACGAAUAUAAACAACCUUAGCACCUUGCAGUUAGUCUGCAGGCUGGGUCAGGUGUGGGUACAGGUGCUGGAGGUGUCUGUGUGAGAGUCUUCCGAAGUCUUUUAUAGGCCUGAAAUCAAACAAAGCAGCAAUGGGGCUUGAGAAAAUGGGAAUGGAAGACACAGACUCUACUCUGAUGGAGAAGGGCCAGAAGCUACCAGCACCCAAACCUCCCAACAAAUACGAGAAGCUCUUCCAGCCCUGCCUGGCCGAGAUAGUGGGGACCAUGUUCUUCGUCUUCGUCGGCUGCGUGUCCGUCAUCGAGAACGUGCCGGCGGCUGGUCGGCUGCAGCCGGCCCUGGUGCACGGACUGGCUGUGGCGGUGUUGGUGGCGGUCAUGGAUAACAUCAGUGGCUCCCAUUUCAACCCUCCCUUCACUAUUGCCAUCUACCUGUGUGGAGGCAUGGAGCUGAUCAUGGUGGGACCCUACCUGGCCAGCCAGCUGAUUGGAGGAGUGCUGGGAGCUGGAAUGGCCAAGAUGAUGGUCCCUACAGACCGCUACUUCAACGCCACCGGAGCAGCGUUUGAUAUCCUCAAGUCAGAGAGCCAGCUGUCCGGAGCCAUCUUCGGGGAGGUGGCCAUGACCUGCUUGAUCACCAUGGUGGUGCUGCUGGUGGCGGUGAACGGCAAGACGAAAACCCCACUGGCUCCGUUCCUGGUGGGCUGCACCGUCAUAAUCAACGUCCUGGCAGGGGGUGACGUAUCAGGCACGUGCCUGAACCCUGCCAGAGCUUUUGGUCCAGCUGUGAUGACCAACUACUGGGUCUACCACUGGGUUUACUGGGUGGGACCCAUCGGAGGAGGCCUGGUGGCCGCUGCUUUGCUCAGGCUCAUUCUGGGCGAUGAUAAGUUACGAGUUGUUAUGAAAUCAUAACUCUAUUGUGUGUUUAUUGCCAUGCUGGCUACAAUAAACCUGUAAACAUUGUCUGUCUCACCAUAUCAGGAGAUAUACUCUUUACUGACAUGCAAUCAGUUUGAUGCUGUACUUUUCUUUUUUUUCUUCCUUGUCAAACUGUGUGAUCACCAUGUGGGGUUUUUUUUCAGAAUGAAAUAAAGAACAAAAACAUGUAGAUGAUCUCUUCAUUUUAUUCCCAUAAACAAAUAAAUGCCUGUAAACAUUUUACUGUUACUUGUGCAUGCAUGAAACAUAUUUCUGGAGAAAUAAAAGACACAAACAAAUUAUCAGUUUUGGAUAUGCAGUUUAUUCUAUGAUUUUUUUUCACCAUGAGUUACAUGAUUGCACAUGCACCGCAUUCCACAAUGAAGGAUCAGCUCAGCGGUAUUUCUCUGAGAGAGCCAGGGCCAAUGCACACAGGAACUUAUCCAAGGC